CAUGUCAGUGAUACACCAUGUGAGGUGGCUCAGAUUGAUGUGAUUGUGUUGUUCUCAUUCAUGCAUACAUCACAUAUUCUGGUCUCCGGUCUCGACCCCGAGACUGUUGUGGGGUGACGUGACCGGCAGGUCAUGGCUCCCUUGGUCGCAAAAACAGAUGAUAGUCUGGAAAUCGAGGGUCGAUCGAUUAAUGGGCCGCUGUCUGUUGGCUGUCAUUCCAUUUGUUGGGUUCCGAUGGAUGCAAUGCGGAUGGGGGCUGCUAGGGUCGGUGGUGAUCACGGGAUGGAGACCGGAGGACUCGGAAAAGUCCCUGACUCCAUGCAAGUACAAGGACAAUGUCAAUUUGCACUUGAUCAUUGCGAUACGCCCGAACUCAAAUAUUCGAUACUGCUUGCCAUGUAUUGCAAGAUCUUAAUGCCGCCCAACGGUUACUGGAAAACCAGUCGCGGUCUCAAUUUCAGGCGUGGCGUCUCACCCCACAUCUCCCCGGGAUUGAGUAUUGUCCGCCGUCGGGAACGCCACCAGGUCCUGCAUUCAGUGGCAAUGAAUCUAGUCAAUCGAAAAGGUAUGCACUGACCACUCUCGGACUCAUGAUUGAUGGUUCCUGUCGGUCGGUCGGUCGGUCGCCGAGACGGGGUGUUUGAAUCCCAAAGAGGCCCCAUCACCGCCGGUAUGGGGUUCGGCUCGGGG